AUGUCCGACUUAAAAGAACUAAUAAAACAGAGGGGUAACAUUCGCGGCCGAAUAACAAUAUUCGAAAAGUAUUUGACGCCAUUAACGUUAAUUAAUAGUGAGUCUGAGCGCAACAAAUUAAUAAAUAAUGAAUUAAAUUUGAGAUUAACAAAAUUACAAGAAUUAUCGUACAGUUUCGAUGAAAUUCAAAGCAAAAUUGAACAAUUAGAUCCCGAUAUAUCGAAACAGUUGGAAGAACGGGAGCCUCAAGAAAGAUUAGAGUUUAGUAGGGAUGGCGUAGAACUUGUAUGGAUAAGUAUUGCAGCUCGUACACUGAGCAAUACGCAGCGUUAUGCCCUCCACGUUAGAGUUGUAUACAUACCUAGCGGUCCAAUGCAAUCUUAUCAAUUGACUCUAGUACAAGAUUCGCUCUCUGCGGUUAUGUCUGCCCACCCACAGGAUUAUAUUAUCUUAGCUGGCGAUUUUAAUUUACCAAAUAUUAACUGGACAUUAACAGGACCUGUACACUCACGCUUAGGUACCUGUGAUAUUCAAACUGCUUCCCGUAACUUUAUAAAUAACUUGAAAUUUUUAGGUCUUAGUCAAUACAAUUUGAAAAGAAAUAGUAGCAAUCAUAUAUUAGAUUUAUUAAUCAGUAAUACACACCUAAUGACUUCCGAUCCACAUACACCCUUACUAUUAGAAGAUCAUUUUAAUCCAGCAAUAGAAGUAGAUGCUUCUGAAAUUCUAGUUUCUGAUCGAAAAUCUAAACCACAAAUUAGGCAUAACUCCUAUAAAGGGGACUAUGAAAGCAUAAAUAAUGAAUUAGGUAAUAUUGAUUGGGUAUUCAUAUUUAGUAAUAAAUCAACCGAAGAAAGCGUCGAUAUAUUAUAUAAUGAAUUAUACAAAAUUAUAGAAAAAUUCGUCCCAAAGUACAUGUUAUCAAGACGAUAUAACUACCCGGUAUGGUUUUCAAAAGCACUAAUAGCCGUUAUUAAAGAAAAAAGUUCGGUGCACCGCAGGUGGAAAAAAUAUAAAAAUUCACGUGAUUAUGAUGAGUUCAGGUUACUGAGAAAUAGGCAACACAAGAUACAAAAGGAGUGUUAUAAUUUCUACAUAAAGAAAAUGCAAGAAGGUAUUAUAAAGACUCCCAAACUGUUAUGGACGUAUAUUAAAUCUAAACGUUUAAAAACUACUAGUUAUCCAAAAACUCUUCAUUUAGGCACAAAUAAAUAUACAACAGAUGAAGAAAUCUGUAAAGGGUUUAAUGAAUACUUCGAAAGUGUAUUUACAGAUCCAGCCCCAUCAUACAAUUUUUUCUCCACAACUGCAGUUAAUAAUAAUGCUGAGUCUUUGAACUCGUUAACAAUUACGAAAGAAGAGGUGUUAAAGGUUAGGGAUUUAGGAGUAAUUUUGGAUUCCAAGCUCACAAUGGUGGACCAUAUAAACUGCAUAACAGAAAGAGCAUAUAAAAUGCUAGAUUUUGUAUUUAGAGUGUGCAAGCCUUUCAGUAAUAUCAAGUGCAUAAACGCCAUUUACUUUGCAUAUGUAAGGAGCUUACUCGAAUAUGCGAGCUGUGUAUGGUCUCCAAAGCACGCAAAGCAUAUUGAUGCCAUUGAAUCCAUCCAGAAAAAAUUCAUUAAAUACCUAAAUUUCAAAAUGAGUCCAAAUUGUGUUAUCUACGAAGAUAGCUGUCGUUUUUACGGAUUUCUACCAUUAAGAGAUCGGCGCGAGUUGCUCGAUAUGUUAUUUUUGCAUAAAUUGCUCACAGGUCAAAUAGAUUCUCCGGAGCUGCUAUCGAUGAUAUCGCUUAAUGUACCUUCAAAGCGCACUCGUCAUACAAAUAAACGUUUAUUCCAUGUACCUUUGUCGCGUACCAGUUAUUCAUCAAACUCAGUUCUGUCUAGGAUACUACAUAAUUACAACACGAAAUUUUCUGAUAUAGAUCCCUUUAAUUCGACCACAUAUGGUUUUAAACAAGUCGUCAUCAAAAAGCUUAUGUAA